AUGCCGCGAUCGCCCGUCGAGGGCGACGCGCGAUCGCCGACGCCGCGCGCGAAGGCGAUCAUUCUCUCGCUCGCGGCGCGAUUGGUGAUGAGCGGACGAGACGGCGUGACGGCGAGAGAAGUGGCGGAUGCGAUGCGGGAGACGACGUGCGCGCGAUCGCGGGCGACGCUGGAUGGAGAUGGGUCGAAUGGGACGAAUGGGACGCGAGCGGCGGAAAAGACGUUGGAGGCGGCGACGACGCGCGGGGAGGGGUGGGUGAAGCGCGGUCGCGAGGACGUCCAGGGCGGGGAGACGAUUUAUGACUUUCCGGGUCGGGAGUAUCGACCACCGAGGUCGUGGUUGGGGGGCGGGGGGGGUGAGAGAAAGGGCGGGACGCGGAAGAGGGCGCCGCACGCGAGCGUUCGGGACGUCUUGCGGUUGUGUCACGAAAAGGCGGAGACGCGCGCGGUGGAGGAUGUCGUGCGUGAGAGAGGGUUCGGUGAGAACGCGACGUCGCCGGAAAAGCGAAAGGCGCCAAGAACGGUGAAUCCGCUGACGGUUAUCGCAGAGCGAGAGAAGUCACGUCAAGAGGCGAAGGAAAAGGCGAAACAGAACAAGUCGAGUGGUAAGUCAGCGAGCGGCGGCGGGAACACGACCGCCACGCAAGAUGGAGGGGCAAAGAAGAAGCGUAAGGUGGAUCUGGCGAACGAAAAGGCUGGGAAUCACCUCGCGUUGGUGUCUUGGAUAGGUAAGGGUAAGAAGGACGGCGUCCGGUGCGACCGAACCUUUUACGACGGGUUCACCCGCGACGGUGUCGAGUUCAAGAACGGCGAUUCGGUGUACUGCUUACCCGAGCGUGCGACAGAGGACAUGUACCUCGCACAGAUUCAGCGAUGCUUCGAGGACGAGGACAAAUCGAUGAUGAUUGAGUGUUGCUGGUACAUGACGCAAGACGAGGUCCUCGCCUGGGGCGGAGAGAUCUCCCCCAAGACCUCCCCGGACGAGAUCUUCCUCGGUACAUCCGUGGAUGUCAACCCAAUCUCUGCCCUCGAGGGUCUCGCCCCGGUUCGCACGCGGGAGCGGUACGAGAAAACUGCCUCUGUGCGGAAAAAGGUGACGGAUCCCGCCGAGCGCGAGCUCUUCGCCGCGCGAUGCUAUGUCCCCGUCCACGGUUACAACCCCAAGAGCAAGAACGCGGCGCAGAGGAAAGCCGGGACGUUUUACCCUCUCGACCACGUCCCCGGUCGCGGGUUCGUCGUGCGCUGGCCCGCGAGUAAGAAGUCAAAAUCCAAAAAACACUGA